AUGUUGUGGAUAAUUGUUAUGGCGGUGGUGCGGCUCCAUUACCAGGCCAAUGUGGUGGCAAAUGUCACGGUGAUUGAAGACAUUAGGCUGGCCUUCCGCGGCGUCACCAAUGACACGGAGCUGGUGAACCACAUAAUACCGGAAAUGUAUGCUGCCAGCAUGCGCCUCAAGAAUCCCUCCUUUGUCUUCAAAAUGCCCACCGCCAGCGGUGGCUCCCACAACUACGAGCUGCUCACAAUGCAGCGAUCCGAUUUUGCGGAACCGAUCUUCCCCAAUAUCACCUCCACGUCCAUUGAUACGCCUUCGGCACCGGUUCCAGUUCCCAUUCCCCCAGCAACAAGCGUAAAGACCAGUCUGGCUACGUCACCGCCGGCGGAUUGGCAGGAAAUGGGACUGGAUGGCUGGGUGGGUGAGCUGCAGCCACCGGUACCCUGGCUGGAGCAGGACCACAAGGACACUCACCCGGCUAUCAGCUGGCAGAACUCUUAUCCCCGCGACGAAAUACUCCUGGACAUCAAGAACCAUAACUUUGAUGGACGAGUGAAGGACAUCAGGGUGAUAACAUCUUCUACAACUGGCCGGCCGGCGGAAAAGGAGGACCUGAUGAACGCCCAAAACGUGUACAUAGCCCGAGUGAAUGAUCCCUUUGGUUACUCCAUGAAAUGGAGCUUCAACAAUGACACAGCGGACCAGCAGGAUCGUGGCAAGAGAGACGUGACCCGUCUGUACUCCAUGAUCAAGUGCUCCACCGGCUGUGAUCCCUUGAUCUACAAGGGCUACGGCUGCUACUGCGGCUUCGGAGGACAUGGCGUGCCAGCCGAUGGCAUAGAUAGAUGUUGUCGCCUCCAUGACAAGUGCUAUGGCCAGAGCAACUGCAUCUCCUAUCUGGAAUACUUUGUGCCCUAUGUGUGGAAGUGCUAUCGGGGCAAGCCACUGUGCGCGGUGGAUCAUGGCGAGUUCGGUGGCCCCGACUCCUGUGCGGCGCGUCUCUGCCAAUGCGAUCUGAGGCUAUCGCGGUGCCUGAAGAAGUUCUACUGCCCCCAGCGACGGUCCAUCUGUCACUCCUCCCGAUCUCGACGCUUACAGAAUCUUAUAUUCUUUGAUUAA